AUGUACAGGGCUAAGAGGGCUGCUUCGCUCAAAGCAAAGCGCCGCGUUGGCAAGUAUGAGCUCGGACGCACCAUUGGGGAAGGAACAUUUGCAAAGGUCCGGAUCGCCAAGAACAUGGAGAACUGGGAUCAUGUUGCUAUCAAAAUUCUUGACAAGGCAAAGGUUCACAAGAACAAACUAGCUGAACAGAUUAGGAGGGAAAUCUGUACAAUGAAGUUAGUACAGCAUCCCAAUGUUGUUCGCCUGUAUGAGGUGAUGGGAAGUAAAACAAGGGUUUACAUUGUGCUGGAGUUUGUUAUGGGUGGAGAGCUCCAUGAUAUCAUUGCCACAAGUGGAAGAUUGAAGGAGGAGGAAGCACGUAGAUACUUUCAGCAGUUGAUCAAUGCUGUAGACUAUUGCCACAGUAGGGGUGUAUACCACAGAGACUUGAAGCUAGAGAAUCUGUUACUUGAUGUUGCUGGAAACCUCAAGAUUUCAGAUUUCGGGUUAAGUGCUUUAUCAGACCAAGUGAAGGUUAUUGAUGACAUGGGAUUACCUAGGUGGCGCAGGAGGCCGGGCGCCGGAGCCUUCGUCGUCGGCGCGCUGGGGAGGGCGCCGGGUGCGGGACGCCUUGGGGCCAGGCCAGGAGGAGGCUGCGUCGUCGUCGUGUGA